UGCACCGAGGACGCGGAGGAAUGGUGGAUUCUUAAGGCCGCUGGCGCUAAUGGCGGAGGAGACGUUCAUGUAUUGCCCCCGGCCUGCACUCAUGUCCCCGCGUGUAUCGCCUUGCGACCUCUAGACUCCUCAUUGGGCAGCAGUCGUGCGGGCAGCAGCACCUUUUUUGAGGGCACAGGCCAUUUUGAGUUGUUUGGCCUGGAUUAUCUGCCAGUCGAAGCGGCGUGUGCGCCAGAGGACAUGAUGCACCUCGACAAGUUUGACAGCAUGUAUCUCAUGGAAAUUAACCGCCUGCCUGGCCUGCAAAGCUCCCGACAGAAUUCUGCCGACGAGGAUGAGCUAUAUGAUUAACAAGCAAAGGUUAAAAACCACGAGAUGUGA